CUCGUUUCGAUUCGCCGCAGAAGCUUAGGCAAACAUUGCCGGCUCUGCUUGGGCGGUCCUCCUUGGAUUUUUUGAUAAAAAUGAUUGGAAAUUUUGAACCUGUUAAAUUUGGAAUUUUGGCUGGAAAGGAAAUUGGAAUUUAUGAACAGUCAUUAAUUGAAAAUGAUGGAGAAAUUGCUUCUUUAGCUAUUGCUAAAAAUAUAGCUAUGAAAUUAAAUGAAAAAAAAAUAGACGAUGCAUUUUCUAUAUAUAAUUUGGAUGUAGUUGUUCAACGAUUAUUACAAUGGAGAGAAAUGUUACCUCAAAUAAAGCCAUUUUAUGCUGUUAAAUGCAAUAAUGAUCCAAUACUUUUGAAAUUAUUGGCUGACCUUGGAUGUGGUUUUGAUUGUGCUAGUAGAGGGGAAAUUGAUCAAAUAAUCACAAAUGGAUUAACAAAUGCUGAUAAUAUUAUUUAUGCAAAUCCAUGCAAAACACGUAAAUAUAUUCAACAUGCUGACAAACUUGGUGUUCGUCGAAUGACCUUUGAUAGUUUAGAGGAAUUGAUAAAAAUAAAAGAAAAUCAUUCUUCACCAGAACUUAUUUUACGUAUUUCUGUUUCUGAUCCAACAGCUCAAUGUCCAUUAGCUACAAAAUUUGGUUGUGAUCCUUUAAUUGAGGGCCCUAAUUUAAUUAAAAAAGCUAGUCAAAUGAAGUUAAAAAUUAUUGGAAUUUCUUUUCAUGUUGGAAGUGGUUGUAGAGAUCCAAAAGCUUUUAAUUUGGCUAUUUGUGCUUGUAAAGAACUUUUUGAUUUUGGAACUUUGGAGGGACAUUCAAUGAAUUUAUUGGAUAUUGGUGGGGGGUUUCCUGGACAGGAUAAUGAACAAAUAACGUUUUUUGAGAUUGUAAAGAUUAUACAAAAUUCUUUAAAUGAAUAUUUUCCUGUUAGCAAUAAUAUUGAAAUAAUUGCUGAACCGGGCCGUUAUUUUGCAUCUUCCCUUGUCUCUCUUUGUACAAAUUUAAUUUCUGUUACUAAAGUAUCGGCAUAUAGAGUAACCAAAAGAAUAAAUGAUUUAAAUAAAGAAGGACAAAUGUUAUAUUUAAAUGAAAGUGUUUACGGCUCUUUUAAUUGUAUUCUCUUUGAUCAUUUCCAUCCUUUAGGCAAACCUUUAUUUCAAAAAGAGGAAGAGAAUGAUAAUUUAAAUUUAAUUCCAACAAUUGUUUGGGGACAAACUUGUGACGGCUUAGACCAAAUUGAAGAAAAUACAAAAAUGCCAAAAAUGGAAAUUGGGAAUUGGUUAUUUUAUAAAAAUAUGGGGGCAUACACAAGUGUUGCUGCUAGUAAAUUUAAUGGAUUUGAUAUUCCAAAAAGAAAUUUUUAUGUUUUUAGUCUGAAAUUUUGGAAUUUUAUUUAUAAUUUUGAAAUUGAAAAUAAAAAAGAAGAAGAGAAUAAUGAUGAUGAUGAAAUGAUUAAUAAUGAAGGAUUUAAUAAUGAUAUAAUUAAAAAUGUUUGUCAAGAAUGGAAAGAAAUUUUAACAUUUAAAAAUUUUAUUUGUCCAUAA